AUGUGCCGUCCACGUGGAGAUAAUGUCUCUGCCAUCUUUGUCCAUGCGGGAGCUGGGUUUCAUAGUCCAAAUAACGAAAAGCUACAUCUAGAAACAUGCGAGAAUGCGGCGAAGGUGGCAAUCCAGAUGCUCAGAAAUGGCGGGUCAGCUGUUGACGCCGUGGAGAUCGCAAUCAUGCUCCUAGAAGAUUCCGAAAUUACAAACGCGGGUUACGGCAGCAACCUAACUAUAGAUGGCGCCGUAGAAUGUGACGCUACCAUCGUAAACCAUCUGGGGCGAAGUGGUGCAGCUGGUGCUGUCGCCCAAGUGAAGAACCCAAUCUCCUUGGCUCGAGUCAUCCUUGAAGCAUCAACAAAGCCAUUGACUUUGCAAAGAGUGCCCCCUAAUUUCCUUGUGGGACAAGGUGCGACAAAUUUUGCGUAUGAUCAGGGUCUGGUUGUGCUCCCCCACGAUGGCCUGAUAUCUGAGGAGGCCAGGGAGCGAUGGCAGCGUUGGCAACAAGACUUAGAAGCCGCAGAGUCGAAAGAGAGGCGACAGUUUCCUACAAGACACGACCGUCAUAAGGCGUACAUCCGUCGGCCAGUGAGCGUCAAUCCGGCACAGUUGCUCUCGUCUCCCUCAAGCAUACGGCCUGCCUCAUCGAUCAGCUCUAGCAUAGGUGAUUCACGCUCCAGAAUCUCUGGUAUCACUUCACCAGCCGGCUCUGGCGACCCUCUCUUCCUGCCACCCAGGGCCAGAAACGCUGGAUAUGUAGAUGGCACCAUUUCUCAGACUUUUCAGUCCAGCUCCAUGCCAAGCAGGAUGUCGUCGGAGACAUCUGCAUUUCAAUCCCUUGAGUCCAGUUCGUCAAGCAUGGACGUUGAUCCUACACCCGGUCCCCUUGCCACAAAUACGCACCACGCGAAUAUGGAUCGAAUCAGCGAUACCGUCGGUGCUAUAGCAGUUGAUGCACAGGGAAAUAUCGCAGCAGGCUCAUCCUCCGGUGGUAUUGGGAUGAAACAUCGCGGUCGUAUUGGCCCUGCUGCGCUUGUGGGCAUCGGCACUGCUAUAAUCCCAGUAGAUACCAGUGAUCCGGAUCAAACAUGCGUUGCUACAGUCACUUCAGGAACUGGCGAACACAUUGCGACUACUAUAGCCGCUAGCACCUGUGCCUCGCGCAUUUAUUACAACCAACGAAAGCAUGAAGAUGGUUCAUUUGAGGAAGUCACAGAGGAUGAAGCGCUGAGGGGAAUGAUAUUGUCGGAAUUUAUGGGCCAUCCCGGAGUCAAAGACAGCCAUUGUCGGGGCGCCAUUGGAAUCAUGGCGGUUAAGAGAACGGCCGAUGGGGUGUAUCUCUGUUUUGGCCAUAACACGGACUCUUUCGCCCUGGCUUCUAUGAGCAGUGAGGACAAGAGACCGGUGUCCGUGAUGUCGCGCAGCAAUGGAAACGGGAGUAUUGCUCAAGGUGGCCGCGCGUACCGAUUCCAGAGGUAG